AUGGAAACUCAUGGCGAAACCAAUCUCCAUCGUGAGCCAGAGGACGCCGACUCAACUCCCACCACUCACAUCAAGCUCAUAAGAGAGGGGACUGACACUAUCGCUGAAGCUGUAGCCGUCGCUGCAGAUGCUGCUAUCGAAGAUGACACGCUCUCGGAAGAAUUGGCACUCGAUGGAGCACAACCAACUGUUACGGAUGAAGCCAGCGUACUCAAAGGCUUGACGGAGAAUGUACGGGACCAAGAUGAUUUGGAGCGGGAUAUUACAAACCAAGCGAAUUUGGUGAUGAUUGAGCAAGAGGAUGAGAGAGAUCAGAAGCGCAUCGAAAAGGUCAAUUCCAAUAUCGAAAAACUAGAAGCUCAGAAAAGUACGCAGAAGCGACGAUUAACGACGCCCUCGAAUAACCCUCUUAUGCGAAAACGAUGUCAGGAGGAAAUAUCACGACUAGAUACUGAAAUCAAGAGUUUGAAGAAAGAUAUACAUGAUAUACAGGCGCGCGUGGAAGAGAGACAUCAGUAUGAUGGAACAGAUGGAGCACAGGCCGAUGCCAUUAGUGGUAAUAAUCGAAUGCCGAAUGAAAGCCAGCGAGACUUUCUCAUUCGUACUGGAAAGAUUACACCAUUCUCGCGAAUGCCAGCAAGAGGCUCGGAAGGACUAAAUGGAGAUCUUAUGGAAGUUUUACUGGACGCAGAGGAAGAAGUGGACGAUGAGAUUGCUGCGAUUACUGCGGCGGCUGCGGAACCCAGAUCUCAUCAAAACCUACGAUUGCCUGGUUUUGCCAAUGCCCCUGAGAGUGAUACCAGUACUGUUGGGAGCGAAUUCUCUUUACGGCCUAGGAAGAAGCGAAAGUUCGAUAGCGGCUCUUCAGCGUCUCGUGCGAAACAAUUGUCUCCAUAUGAAGAUGCUGAAGGAUUUGCUCCUGGUAGCUCAGAGGAAGACGAAUUGGAGGAAUUUGUUGAAGACGAUGAAGAUGAUGCACUCGUGACUUCUCGAACCACCAAAAGAAAGUCAUCUUCGAAGACAAAAAAGGCGGAAGAGCAAGUAGAUAUCGCUGGUAUCGACGACGGAAAUGAGAAAAUGUACCAAGCGAGGCUCAAGGGGUGGGUGGAAAAACGAAGUGCAGCAAGACGCCGCAAAAUGGAACAUGACAAAGCUAAUGGCGAAGAAAAUCGGACCGAAACUGUCAGUGACGAGGAGAAGGAAUGGUUUAAACCAUGCCCUGAUGCUCCAGAUCACCAUUUCGAUAAUGGUUUGAAGUUGCCAGGCGAUAUAUAUCCUGCACUUUUUGAUUACCAAAAGACUGGCGUUCAAUGGCUUGGGGAACUGUAUUCGCAAUCGGUUGGUGGUAUUAUCGGCGAUGAGAUGGGGUUGGGAAAGACCAUUCAGAUCAUCUCUUUCUUGGCUGGCUUGCAUUGCAGCAAAAAGUUGACGAAACCCAUCAUUGUUGUUGCCCCAGCUACCGUACUCCGACAGUGGGUCAAUGAAUUUCAUCGGUGGUGGCCACCUUUGCGAGUAUCGAUUCUUCAUAGCUCGGGUAGUGGUAUGCUAAACGUCAGCAACGAAGAUAGACUUGAAGAAUCUGAAGAGGAAGAGAUAUAUGGUCGCAGGAAGAAGCAAAAUUCCAAAUCUGCUAGAGCUGCAAAGAAGAUUGUGGACAGAGUUGUUCAGCAUGGUCACGUUCUAGUCACGACUUACGCUGGACUUCAAUCAUACUCGGAUGUAUUGGUUCCUGUGGAUUGGGAGUAUGCCGUUCUUGAUGAAGGCCACAAAAUACGAAAUCCAAAUACCGCCAUUACCAUCAACUGCAAAGAACUGAGGACAGGAAAUCGGGUCAUUCUGUCAGGCACACCGAUGCAAAACAAUCUAGUUGAGCUUUGGUCGUUAUUUGAUUUUGUGUUUCCCAUGCGACUUGGGACCCUAGUCAAUUUUCGGCAAGCAUUCGAAGUACCCAUCAAAUUGGGUGGCUAUGCCAAUGCUACAAAUCUUCAAGUACUUACUGCAACCAAGUGCGCAGAGACAUUGAAAGCAACCAUCAGCCCAUAUCUUUUGCAACGUCUCAAGGUUGAUGUUGCGUCGGAUUUACCCAAGAAGAGCGAGCAAGUUAUUUUCUGUAAGCUCACAAAGCCUCAACGGGAAGCGUAUGAGAUGUUCCUUUCUUCCGAGGAAAUGAACUCGAUUCUCAAUCACAAACGCCAGUCCUUGUUUGGUAUCGACAUUCUACGCAAAGUUUGCAAUCACCCUGAUCUAUUGGAUCCUCGUCUGAGAGGCAAGCCUGGCUACCGAUGGGGCAAUGCAAACAAAUCGGGGAAGAUGCAAGUUGUGAAAGGCCUUCUGGAGGUCUGGAAGGGUAUGGGCCACAAGACCUUACUAUUCAGUCAGGGUGUUUUGAUGCUCAAUAUUCUGGAGGAAUUCAUCAAGAGCUUGCCCGGGUUCCGCUAUCUACGUAUGGAUGGUAGUACCAAUAUCAAGGAUAGACAAACUCUUGUUGACCAAUUCAAUAAUGAUCCUGAUCUGCAUGUGUUUCUCCUUACGACGAAGGUUGGAGGACUUGGCGUCAAUCUCACGGGUGCAAAUCGUGUCAUUAUUUUUGAUCCAGAUUGGAAUCCCUCAACCGACGUUCAAGCUCGUGAGAGAGCAUGGCGCUUAGGGCAAAAGAAGGAGGUCACUAUCUAUCGAUUGAUGACGGCUGGUACCAUUGAAGAGAAGAUUUAUCAACGUCAAAUUUUCAAGCAAUUCUUGACAAACAAAAUUCUCAAAGAUCCAAAGCAACGUCAAACCUUUCAAAUGAAGGAUCUGUAUGACUUGUUUAGUCUUGGAAGUACGGAAGAUGGUACUACAGAAACCGGCGAGAUGUUCAAGGGUACCGAAAUCGAUUUAAACAAGACUACUGGUCAGUCUGCCAAUGGUGCUGCUUCGGAUGUGUCUGCAGGCCCUUCAAUAGACCUAUCCUCUGGUGGCCAAACCGACACCCAUGAUGCCAAUAUAGAAAUAAAAGACAGUGGAACCGACCAAAGUAUUGAGAAUAUCGAUGGUGUAGGCCGUCUCGAGACCUUCCGAGGCGACCCCUCCGAAGACAAACCCUCCUCUAAUGAAGCCCGACUUAUGGAGGGUAUCUUCGCCAAGUCAGGUGUCCACAGCGCCCUCGAACACGACCAAAUCAUCAACGGCAAACAAGUCAUCACCCCAGAUCGCGGCAUCCUCGAACGAGAAGCCAAACGCGUCGCCGCCGAAGCAGCAGCCGAACUUCGCCGCGCCGGUCAAGCAGCCAGUCGUAUCACCCCCGGAACCGUCACUUGGACAGGCGAAAUGGGAUCCGCAGGACGACCCGUCAAUAUCCGCAGUCGUGCCAACGGACCCAGUUCCCAAAGCAUCCUCUCCGGACUCGCCAACCGACAGGGUCUCUCCACGGCGGGCACUGCGAGUGGAGGGUCCUCCCGCUCUGCUACUCCUGGGGAUGGCACCGUGGCGCCAAAAGGUAAGGAUUUCAUGAAGUUGAUUCGGGAUUUCAUCCGUACGCAUGGCGGGAGUGUGCCGAGUCAGAUGCUCGUGACGCAUUUUAAUCGCAUGUGUAGGAAUGAGCGCCAGUCGGCCGAGUUCAAACACAUGCUUGGGGAGAUUGCGCGCUUGGAGAAGGGGGGGAAUUCGAGGAUGAGGGGGAAGUGGGUGUUGAAGGAUGAGUUUAAGUGA